CAAUGAAUAAGGUUCUUUGCUUCGGACUCGUGCUUUGCGCGACAUUAGCGCUAACAUCGGCCUAUCCUGCAGAACAGGCCCCCGUGGCCCCUAAAAUCCCCGCGCUAGGGCAAGAGGCCGCUCCCGCGGUCGAUGCGGCAGAAGAGCUGCAGCCCGAAGAGUCCCGCUGGGGGCACGGCGGCGGCGGCUGGGGGCAUGGGCGAGGCCAUGGAGGCGGAUGGGGCUACGGCGGGGGCUACGGACGGGGGCACGGGGGAUGGGGGCACGGCGGCCACGGGGGCUACGGAGGAUGGGGGCACGGUGGAUGGGGCCGUUAA